AUUCAUUAAUGUAAAGCAUUUUGUGAUGUAAAGUUUGACAGAACACCAUGCUGGUCAAUAUUUUUUAUACACGUAAAUUGACAGUUUUCUGUUCAAAUUCUAUAUGAAACUAUACUGGCUACCGCUUCUUAAGUAAAUUCACUUUGGACACAACUAUCUGCGGCAAAUAAUGUGUCAUUUUUUUGUUUUCUUCUAAAAAAUUCAUAAAAACAUUGCAAAGUCCGGAAACCAAUUAAAAGUAAAUAUUAUAAGAUUAAAACCGCCUCAUUUCCAAUAGAUUAUGAGCAUUAUUGAAUUUGAAAUUGACGAAAUACGAAAAUUGUGUGAAAAUGUUGUGCCCAACUCAAAAAUAAUUGCUUGCACUUCAGCUGCUCCAGCCCCUUUGGUGCGUGUGGACAUACAAGAGAAUAAACACUAUCGUCAAUUUACGGUGUGUCUACGAUUUCCCGAAGACUAUCCGAAACGGACAAUCUUAGUAGAGCUAAAAAGUAAAACUUUAUCUGAAAAGUUCUUGCAAGGUUUGACGGGUUUGUGUGAAAAGCAGUGCCAGGAAUAUUUGGGUAAACCGCAUUGCAUUAAAGUCUUACAAUUCCUGCAGCAAUAUGUUAAAGACAAUGCUUUGUGUGUGUGUUUUGAUGAAAUUCAACAAUUGCGCAAGGAUUUGGGCGCCAAUGCACCUGCGGACCAGUUAAAGAUUAAACAGAAGGCUUCAACUGUUCUUUUCACAGCCAAGGGAGGAGAAUACUAUUAUCGUGUUAAGGCCAUAGUGCCUGAAGAUUAUCCCAGGCAUUGUAUAGACUUGCAAGAGCAACAAACGAAUCUACCGGCUGUUUUAUUGCGCUAUCUUAAUGGACAAUCGCGGGAAAUAGCCCGACAAUGUGUGGAGCCACCUUUGCGUAUGCCUAAGGGAAAAACUUUAGCAGAUUUUCAACCAGUCCCUUCACUAUAUAGAGCUUUAAAAUUUUGUCUUGAGGCAACUUUGGCUUUUCAUAGUGAAAUGUGUCCCAUUUGUCAACGUUUGGUGCUACCACCCGAACCAAAAGAUUUGGAAAUGGACGACAAUAAGGAUGACUAUGUGGAAAGGGUCUACUGUGGUCAUUUAUUUCAUCAGGGUUGUCUGAAAGCAUACUUGCAAGAACCACCUUUUCCUAAAGGUGGUAAAUUGUGUCCAGCCAGAAGACGUCACUUGCGUUCUGAUGCCACCUACUAUUUGGGUGGAAGUCAAGGAUACAAAAUGCCAACUAUAACACCGGAUACUGGAGGUAGCUGUGGCAUUCGUUUGGCUCAUGAUCGCUGGGUAAUCAGUGUUAAGGUGGCCGAAUCUAGAUGGGCCCAGAAACAGGCAAGACAGCGUGAAUUGGAUGAGGUUGUAGAUUUUUUGAAAUGAGGCUAACAAUUUUAAUAUUUAUUCGAAUAACAUGACUUAGUAAUUGGUUUAAAAUACUUAAUUAUUGUACAAAUGUUGAUUUAAAAUUAGAAAUUAAAUAAGUGAACCUUUUCGGGUAUGAAUUGGUCUUUAUAAUUGAAAGGUGUAAGAACGAUAGAAGUCCAAAAUGUAAAAUUUACACUUUUCUGGACUUUAUAAUUGAAAGAUGUAUUGCAAGAACGAGAACAUUCAAAAAUGUAAAGUUUACAUUUUCUAGAAAAUUAAUUUACAAACAUGGCGGCGGCGAAAUCUUUAAGCAGAAAUCACUUUCAAUUACAUACCCGUUAUAUACAUUAUUGAAAUCAGAUGCUCUCUGUAAAGUAUUUUUUUAAUCAUGGCUAUUUUUAGAAUAUUCUUUAUAACGAAAUAAAUAUGAAAUAAUAAAAAUGACAUUGCAAAUAUUUUGUCUCAAAACUGAA